GAGCUCGGCCCGGCCCCGCCCCCCGGCUGACAGGUGCUGAAAAGCCCCGCGGCGGACGGCUUGGGGGGCGGCGGCUGCUGGGGCAUGGCCGGGGCUGGAGGGGACACCCCGCAGCAGGGGGACGGGCCUGGGAAAGCGGCGCCGAAGGCCACCCUUCUCCCAGAGGAGCCGCCGCAGGAACAAGCGCUCAGGCGGUCCGCAGAAGAGCUCAGACAGGAAGACAGACUCUCUGUUUGCAGCAAAUUAUGCUAUGCAAUAGGAGGUGCUCCAAACCAAGUUGCAACAAGUGCCACUGCUUUUUUUCUACAGAUCUACCUGUUAGAUAUAGCACAUAUUACUCCGUUUCAUGCCUCUUUGGUGCUGUUCAUUGGCAAAGCCUGGGGUGCAGUUACUGAUCCUGUUGCUGGCUUUUUUAUUAGCAAAAGUAAAUGGACAAAAAUUGGCCGGCUUAUGCCUUGGAUGUUGGGGUGUACGCCCUUCACGAUUGUGUCCUAUUUCUUCAUGUGGUACUUGCCUCCUUUUGUAGCGGGAAGAGUUGUGUGGUACCUGACUUUCUAUUGUCUUUUCCAAGCAUUGACGACAUUAUUCCAAGUACCGUAUUCUGCUCUCACCAUGUUUCUCAGCCCAGACCAGAAGGAGAGAGAUUCAGCAACAGCAUACCGAAUGACUGUGGAAGUGCUUGGAACCUUGAUGGGAGCUGCGCUCCAUGGGCAGAUUGUGGCAAGCGCCCAUGCCUCUGAUUACUGCACCGUGAAUCUCACCAUAAACGCUGCCGACUUUUCCAGUUCUCUAAGCAACGCUUCCAACCUGGCUGAGCCCUUGGGCCUCCAGUCUCAUGGAAGAGAAGUCUACAUGAUUGCAGCGGGAGUAAUAGGAGGGGUGUAUCUAUUCGGCAUUGUCAUCCUUUUCAUUGGAGUAAAGGAGAGAGACGAUCCUUACGCCUUAAAUUCAGACAAAGGAAUUCCUUUCUUUAAGGGACUGAGACUCACAAUGAAGCACGGUCCGUACUUGAAGCUUACAGCUUCGUUUCUUCUCAUCUCAACAGCCGUUCAGCUUGAGCAGAGCAAUUUUGUCCUGUUUUGCACCCAUGCAGCCAGUCUUCACAAUCACUUCCAGUAUUUAGUGGUGACCAUCUUGGUAUCAGCAGCGGUGAGCAUUCCAUUCUGGCAGUGGUUUCUACAGCAAUUUGGCAAGAAAAGUGCAGCAUGUGGGAUUUCCUGGAUGAUUCCUUUUGCGGUCAUGCUGGUUACAAUCCCAAAUCUGGUUUUGGCUUACGUGGUGGCCUUUGUCUCUGGUCUGAGUAUUGCAGCAUCUUUGCUGUUGCCAUGGUCAAUGUUGCCUGAUGUAGUUGAUCACUUUCGCCUGCUGAAUCCUCAUGCAAAGGGACCCGAAACCAUCUUUUAUUCUUCAUACGUCUUCUUUACCAAGAUGUCGGCUGGGAUUGGAUUAGGAAUUUCCGCAGCAAGCCUGGAGUUUGCUGGUUAUAAAACAGGGAUGUGCAGGCAAUCCAGCACUGUGAUCCUCACACUGAAAAUCCUGAUUGGGGCAGUCCCUGCCAUCCUCAUUGUUAUAGGCUUAUCCAUACUCCUCUUCUACCCAAUCACUGAAAAAAGUCGAAAAGAAACUGAAUUUGCACUCGAGCUGUUAAGAAGGAGUCAUCCAAGCACUGACAACCUUUCCAAAACCGAAGAGGAUACCUGGAUAUGAAAGUUCGGAGAGAAGUGACUUUUCAAACCUAAGUCUGACCUCAGAUUCCAAAGCACUGUACUUGGGGGGUGGGAGGAAGGAAUGGAAAGUCUUCUGAGUUAUCCCACUUAAGUUUUAUUAGAGGAUACUGGAAGCACCAGUACACAAGUGCCAAGGGCUCUGUUACAUUAAUGGUAAGGAUCUGAUUUUGACUGACAAAAUACGAAGAUUCUGAGGACAGCCAAUAGGGUGCCUCACGGGGAUGCUCACAGUUCAUAAGUAUGUAAACUUCAUCCAGUGUUCUGAUGCCCUUAAAGUGGUGUUAGAAAGAUUCAGUAGGUGGCACUCUUCCCUCUUGUCAGUGCUGAACCAAAGCCCCAGCACUGUACUGAGGAUAACCUGCUUCUGAAGAUGCUGUGUUUUGUAUGAGACAUAAAACCAAAGUCUUGCAAUCACUAAAUUUCUUCUGGAACUGUUGGCAAGAUCCAGGGGUAUUUAAAUUUGGUGUCCUGGCCAAACUUUAACUCAGGAGAUUACAUUCUUCUGACCUAAAUUAUCCUGGUCGCCUCUGUUGGAUACAGUAUUCUUCAUCACUUUUUUCUAAACUGUUUGCUGCACAUUUGCUACGUGUCACUCCAGAAGUGUCUGCAUUUCGGUGGCUGAUGGACGUGAUCCUUGUGUAUAAUUUGUUUAAGUUUGUAAAGCCCUUAGGGAUUCUGAGGAUGAAAUGUGCUAUAAACAUGUAAGAUUUAGUGCUUCUUUUUGAGUUCCAACAAGCCCUGGAUGCAGUUGGUAACAGAGUCGCAUGUUGAAAACGUUCUCACAAAUAACUGCUCCAAACCUGAUUUUAAUGUGACUUUAUUUGGGGGCGUUAAGUCAAACUUUUAUAUUAAUAGAGGUCUACAUUUUCAAGAGUGAUUGACUAGUGGUCUUGGGUGCCUCAGUUUUUGAGUGCCCGCUUGAUACUUCAUGGUGCCCAGUUGUCAGAGUGUGGGUGCUCUGCCCUUUCUAAAAAUCAGGCCCACUUCAGGCAGCUCAUGUUGGAGCACCCAAAAUCACUAGUCACUUCUGGAAGUUUAGGCCCUACAUUUUUGUAUUUUACUUGUAUGAGGCACACAUUCCCACCAGGGCCGGCUCCAGGCACCAGCGUUCCAAGCAGGUGAUUGGGGUGGCAAUCUGAAAGAGGCGGCAGUCCCUGUGUUUUUGCCACCUCAAGCAGCGCACCGAAUUGCCGCCGCGGAUGGUGGGGGCAGUCUGUGUGCCGUUAGGGCAGCAAGCACUUUUCCGCUGCAGCGGUAAUUCGGCAGCAGCUUCUAUGUUCAGCUGCCCGCGGCGGCAAUUCGGCGGCAGCUUCUGUCUUCCGGCUGAAGACAGAAGCUGCCGCCGAAUUGCCGCCGCCGCGGAAAUGCGUGUGCCACCCUAACGGCACAUGGACUGUCCCCGCCGUCCGUGGUGGCAAUUCGGUGCGCUGCUUGGGGCGGCAAAAACAGUAGUGCCGGCCCUGAUUCCCACAUACAGAACGCUGUCCUGCAUCUAUUGAGAGCUGCAGCAAUGCUACAAAUUCUCAGCAUAUAUGUAGCAAUUUAGAAUAACAAGCCUGCACCGGUUAUCUAGUUGGUGCCUUUUUAAGCCAAGGUGCUUUAGAAGCAUUAAUUAAAGCCUCACCACACCCCUGUAAGGGGUACAUACUAUUGUGCACAUCUUGCAGGGGGGGAACUGACCCACAGAGAUUAAGAGCUAAUCCACCUCCCAUUGGAGUCAGUGGGAGUUGGAUUAGGCUGUAAAUGAUUUGCUCAAGGUCAUCCAGCAAUUUAGUGAUGAUACCAAGACUAGAUUCCAGGAAGCCUUUUAUUGAAAGACAUUGUGAAGUGAAAUUAAUGCAUUCACUGGGGUCUUUUGUUUCUUUUUAGUAGUAGAAAGUUCUCAAUCCAGUUUAAAAUCUAAUGCCUGAUUUAGCGAACCGUCUCCAUUUAGCAAAGCACUUAAGCAUCUGCUUAUGUCCUAUUGACUUUAAUGAGACUUAAACACAUGGUUAAAUGCUUGUUGACUAAGGAUGGACUUAACCACAUGUAUAAGAGUUUUAUGAAUUGAAGCCAAAAUCUCCUUUUGGUUUAUGUCAUGGACAAAACAGAAGUAUCUGUAUACUGGUGGCAUUUGUCUUUGAGAGACUACAAAUCAUAAGCAGCUUUGUCAAUUUGGAGUCUGAUAGAAUUUGAAACCGAGAGAUAUUAUAUUCUAAAAUAUUAGUUUUCUGUUAUGCAAGUAAUAUUACAUAGCAGCAAAACUGUAGAAAACAACCAAGUUAGAAGUACCAAUCUAUACCUGUAGGUAAUUUUGGUGUCUUUAAAUAUUCCACUUUUAAGACAACAAAGUAUUAGUAGAAGACAGGUUGCCUAUUCAAUUUAACUUUUUGCAAUGCAAAUGUUACUAGCUAGAGCAGGGGCGGGCAAACUUUCUGGCCUGAGGGCUGCAUCAGGGUUCCAAAAUUGUAUGGAGGGCCAGUUAGGAGAGGCUUCUUGCCCCCUGACGGCCCCCUGGGACUCCUGCCCCAUCCAACCCACCCGGCCUGUUCCCUGUCCCCUGACAGCCCCUGGAACCCCUGCCCCUGACUGCCCCCCGCUGCCCCAUCCAAUCCCACCUCUCCUUCCUGACUGCCCCUUAGAGACCCCUGCCCCCAUUCAACCCCCCUGUUCCCCGCCCUCUGACCGCCCUGACCCCUAUCCACACCCCCGCCCCCUGACCACCACCCCGAACUCCCCUGCCCUCUAUCUAACCCCCCUGCUCUCUGCCCCCUUACCGUGCUGCCUGGAGCACCGGUGGCUGGCGGCGCUACAGCCACGCCACCCAGAGCACCAGGGCAGGCAGCCACGUCGCCUGGCUGGAGCCAGCCACACCACUGCGCAGCACAGAGACCGGGUCAGGCCCGGGCUCUGCAGCUACUCUGCCCCAGGAGCUCGCAGUGCAAGCUGAGGCUGCAGGGGCGGGGGAACAGCAGGGGAGGGGCUGGGGGCUAGCCUCCCAGGCCAGGAGCUAAGGGGCUGGGCAGGAGGGGCCUGUGCCCACCUCUGAGCUAGACAGCUAGCUCCUCAGUUGCUAUAAAUCCAUAAUUUCAGGUCAAUGGAACUACAUCCAUUUAUACAAGCUAAGGACCUAGCUUGGUGGGUUUUUUAAUAGAAGGGUAGCUGAAACUGCAGACCAUGUUUGAUUAGACAUUUUUAAGGCUGCAUGUCGGUCAUGGAGGUUACGGAAGUCACGGAUUCCGUGACUUUCCAUGACCUCCGUGACUUCUGCAGCAGCCAGUGUGGCUGGCUCCAGGGCUGCCCGAGCAGAUCAGGCAUCCCCUGGGCCAGCAGCACCAGCCACUUCUGGGACAGUUUGGGUAUGGGAGGGGGCUCAGGGCUGGGGCAGGGGGCUGGGGUGCAGGGCAGCGCUUACCUCAGGAAGCAAGGGGGUGGGCCAGCACAUCCCUGCAGUUCCUAGGCAGAGGGGCCAGAGGGCACCGCGCGCUGCCUGCACUUGCAGUCGCCGCCCCCGCAGCACCCAUUGGCUGCGGUUCCAGGCCAAUGGGAGCUGCGGAGCCGGAACUCGUGACAGGGGUAGCAUGGGGAGCCCCCCGGCCUUCCCUCCCCCUAGGAGCUGCAGGACAUGUGGAGCCAGGUAGGGAGCCUGCCAGCCCCGCCAACCCUCCCUCCCCGAACGGGUCCCGGGCCAUGCGCCACCAUCCCCCAGACCCUCUGCCAGCACCAGCAGGGGUCCCGGGCUGCGUGCUGCCACCUGCCUUGCCCCCAGCACCAGUGGGGGUCCCAGGCUGCCCGCCGCCCUCCCCACCCCCCAGCACCAGCAGGGGUCCCGGGCCGCACGCCGCCACCCGCCUCCCCCCCAGCACCAGCGGGGCUCCUGGGCCACCCCCAUCACCUGCCACGCCCCCGUACUGCCCCCCCUCCCCGACCACCUGUGGCCCCCCAGCCCAAGUUUUAGUUAGAGGUAUAUAGUACAAAUCAUGGACAGUCAUGGGCCUUGAAUUUUUGUUUACUGCCUGUGACCUGUCCAUGACUUUUACUAAAAAUACCCAUGACUAAAACAUAGCCUUAGACAUUUUUUAACUUGACCAUGGCUGUGCAAUGUAUACUAUAUCAGCUGUGCAACUGGGUUUACAAAUUGCAUAAUACACAUCAGACUUCAGCCCUAUGCAGUGUGCGCUUUCUGAGUUAUAAAACCGCACCUUACCUCUGCUUCUGGCAAGAAAUUUGUCAGGGUUUCUAAUGGAAAUACAAAUAGUCCUGACCUUGCAUAUGACAGUGUUAAUGAAUAUCAUCAAAAUAUGGCAGAAAUUUUUGUAGGUAAAACAUAUAACUAUAUUUUUAUAAUUUGAAUAGUGCUGAGUUAUUUUAUCGUAUUAAUUAUCAAAGUUGUAUUUUUGUUCAUAAAAUGAAUGUAUUUUUGUAAGGUUUAAAGAAAAAGCACUAACAAUGGAUUUGGAGAAGGAAGCAGGAUAGCGAUUUUUUGUAUCGUUUUUCAAGGCUUACUGUUUGCACUG